AUGAAGCUGGGACUCACGUUGACACUGCUCUCUCUGCUGGCAGGGCACGGCCUGGCCGACACCCGCGCUAUCGGGGCCAAGGAAUGUCCCCGCCACUCGCAGCCCUGGCAGGCUGGCCUUUUCUACCUCACCAGGCCCUUCUGCGGAGCGACCCUCAUUAGUGACCGAUGGCUGCUCACAGCUGCCCACUGUCUCAAGUCGCACCUGUGGGUCCGCCUUGGGGAGCACCACCUAUGGCAGUGGGAGGGUCCAGAGAAGCUGUUUCUUGCUACAGACUUCUUCCCUCAUCCUGGGUUCAACCAGGACCUCACAGCCAACGACCACAACGAUGACAUCAUGCUGAUCCGCCUACCUAGGAGGGUACCCCUGAGUGACGCUGUGCAGCCCCUCAACCUCAGCCACGACUGUGUGACUCCUGGCACUCAAUGCCUCAUCUCAGGCUGGGGGGCCGUGUCCAGCCCCAAGGCACAGUACCCACUCACGCUACAGUGUGCCAACAUCAGCAUCCUGAGCAACAGUCUCUGCCACUGGGCGUACCCAGGCCACAUCUCAGAGAAGAUGCUCUGUGCUGGCCUGUGGGAAGGGGGCCGAGGCUCCUGUCAGGGUGACUCUGGGGGACCGUUGGUGUGCAAUGGGACCCUGGCAGGCGUGGUGUCUGGGGGAUCCGAACCUUGCUCCAGGCCUCGACGCCCUGCUGUCUACACCAGCGUAUGCCACUAUGUGGACUGGGUGGAAAAAACCAUGAAAGAAAACUGA